UCCAUACAGGAAGUGGGUUAUGGCGAAUUGCUACGAGAGCAGACCGUACAUUUGUGAGAGAAACAAAGUGUGCGUGGAUGGCUUUGUGGGAGACAACUGUGACCAGGCCUGCCAUUGCUACGGAGAGCCUUGUAAAGGGGGACAACCCUGCAAGUAUGGAUGUGAGGCAGGGUGGACAGGUCCCUUCUGCUACACACGCGUGAAGAGGGCAGAGGUCAUCUACUACUGCGUCAACAACACGGCGGAGGGUCGCUACGCGCUGGUGAGGAUUAACCCUUUCGGACGCCAGUACCAGACGGUGCAGCUGACAGACGAGGCCGGCACCCCCCAGCCCUGGUGCAGCGGCUCCGAGAUGUGGUACGACGACACCGGCGUCUACUCCGUCAAGAUCCCCGUCACCCGGGGUAGCGAGUGGCAAGUGGGCUUUGUCUGCGGGGGCAACCGGACGGGUUACAACUCCUACAAGUGGCUGUUGACUCUACAAGAGAAGAAAGGAGUAUUGCUUCUCCUUGACCGCAGGGUGGAGCUGUCAUGUGACUUUGACAGGGCGGACAACAUGGUUCGGAUACAGUCACAGAACGUUGCCGUAGAAAGUGAUCAACCAAACAAUGGCCUCCCGUCAGUGGAAAAACCUCUGAAUUCUCGCGAGUUCGUGAGUCUGGCGAUAACCGACUCCUUCACGGGUCAAACUCUCACGAGGGCGAAACUCGGCGCCAACGUGCAACUGCGCAUGAUACUCACCACCACCCUGGGUAAUGAGGAAUGAUUAGUAGAUAAGCGA